CGUUGUUGUAGGAUGUUGCUUUGGCUAUUUUCUGUUUUUUGUUCAUUCGGAAAUAUCAUGAGUGCUAUGUUAAGAACCGGGUUAGUAAUGUACUAUUGCGCAACAUAAGUACUAUGUUUAUAAUAGAAAUGAGGGUAUCAAAUCGACAUUUUGAAACUUUUUGGUAUGAGUAGCUAGCUGGCUGCAAUACCGAUAUGAUAGUGUUUCAUUGAAACUACUGCGUUUAUCACUGAUCAGGAUACAUCCUAUUAGUAUUUAUUACACAGAGGCAAUGAAUAGCACUGAAACUAUCGAUGAACGAGACUCGCUGAGUAACGGAAUCCCGCUGAGCAUUACAGAGGAUACCAAGAUAUCAGACAUGGUUGAUCUGCUGCAUAUUGAUGUCGAACCCGACACCAUCACAGUAGUCAGCCAUGGUACCGAAGACAGCCCAUGUUCUAGAAACGUCCUGAGAAAACAGAGAAACUGGGAGAAGACACUGGCUGCCAAGAAGAACAAGAGGAAAGAGGAGAAGCUGAGGAGAAAGCUGAACCGCGCUGAGCAGCCAGGCCUACAUGGGGACGCCUCCCAGCUCAGCAAACGUGUUGUCAAGGCGAUCACUAAAGAGCGCCUCACGGAGGCCAGAGUGGCAGGACCCAAGCUGUGUGUGGACCUCAGCAUGACGGACUGCAUGUCCCACAAGGAAAUAAGUCGGCUUGCCUGUCAGAUACGGAGGUUGUACGGCUCCAACCGAAAAGCUGCCAGGCCCUUCCACUUGCUGCUGACGGACAUGAGGGAGGGCAGCCUGCUGUACAGGGAGUGUGUGAGGAUGAACGAUGGCUUCCUCAGCUACGUGAUGGACAUCACUGAUGAAAACUGUCUGGACCUGUUUCCUGGGGACAGCGUGAUCUACCUGACACCAGACGCUGAGCAAGCCCUGGAGACAGUGGAUGCAGAGAAGGUUUAUAUACUUGGAGGGUUGGUGGAUGAAAGCAUUCAGAAGAAGCUCAGCUACCUCAAGGCGAGGGAGAGAAACGUGAGCACAGCCAGGCUGCCCAUCGAUGAGUACAUGGUGAAGAAGAACAACCCCAAAAACUUCCACUCCAAAAUACUGGCUAUCAAUCAGGUGUUUGACAUCCUGCUGGCUUUCUGUGAGACGGGGAGCUGGACACAGGCAAUGCAGGCGGGGGUUCCCCCAGGGAAAGGGUACAUGGUCGUCCUGGACUCUGCAUUGGAAACACAGCGCUGAACGUUCAGUGUGUGAACUGAAACGCCACACCGCACACGCAUCGUCUGGGAGAGACCACCUGGGUGCUUUCAGUCUGUCCUUACCACACACUGCUAAACGUUACAGCAGAGGAAGCAUAAAUACAACUCACUGAACACACACUGCCUCGAAGGACCAUAUGGUACAUACACAACGCACUGAUUACACACUGCCUCAGAGGACCAUACGGGACAUACACAACGCACUGAACACACACUGCCUCAGAGGACCAUACGGGACAUACACAACGCACUGAUUACACACUGCCUCAGAGGACCAUACGGGACAUACACAACACACUGAUUACACUGCCUCAGAGGAACAUACGGGACAUACACAACACACUGAUUACACACUGCCUUGAAGGACCAUAUGGUACAUACACAACGCACUGAACACACACUGCCUCGAAGGACCAUAUGGUACAUACACAGCGCACUGAACACACAUUGACACUGCUAAUGUGUGCCUAAGACUUCUGCCAAUGACUCUGAAGUUACCAUGGCUAUGCCUAAAGAUGCCCUGUUGCUGAAACUGUGUCCCUGCCGAAAGAGGUAGCAGCAGCACUCGAACAGGUAACUGAGACCCGGGGUCCUGUUUAAGCAUGGGAAAGGGAGGCUUCAUGGCCCCCAAAUUGAAUGUUUCGCCACUGACUCACUGAUUUUAACCAUUAAUAGCAUUUUGCUGCGGAGUGUGAGAGCUUUUGGUUGAUUUAUACAAGUCAGUAAUUGACAGCACAUAUUAGCAGCCUCUGUUAUUGGGUUCCUGGAGCUUCACUGUUCCCUUUCUAGUUCUGUUUAUGUGCUUGACUU